UCCAUCCAAAACGUCGAAUCGCCAUUGUUAUAGACAGCUGAUGCGUAAAUUGUAUUGUGUGUGAUCAAAAUAGCGUGAAAUAAUAUAAAAAUAGAUUCAGAAUGGAUGACCUGAGUGAGAUGACGCUUGAGAGAUUCAGAUUGUGGUCGAUGCAUGCACUUAAAGUGUUUUUAUCGCACAGAAAUAGGAGCGUGAAUGGAACAUUCGACGAGCUUUCAGCAAGAGCGUUCUGUGUGUGGGAAGAAAACCUGCCUGUUAAUGAGAAGGCCGAACAGGCAGAACAGCGUCUCCUGGACGAGUAUAAACGGAAACUUGAAGUUGAAGGUGAGGUUAUCCCAGACCCAUUCGCACUGUCAUCAGGCUGGAAAGGCGAAGGUGCUGGAAUGAGUUUAUGGCCAUCUGUGUAUGUAACGGACAUUGCCAAGUUUUUAAAGUGCUCUACACCCAAUGAAGUGGUGCAUCGUUUGCUGAACGAGUACAAACAGGGAAAAGCCUACAGAUACUUUGAAAAUGGAUGGGUGAAAGAAGUCUACCUUCAUACACUAAAUGAAUCUGGUGACAAAUGUGUACUGAAAACCAAAGUGACUCCAUCAAUGUCCAUUAAUAGUAAACAAUAUGAUGUGUGGGUAGUUGUAAGGAAAAACUCAACAGAUCAACCUGGUGGCGAAUUGUUGUCAGCGUAUUGUAGCUGCACAGCCGGCAUGCAUGGUACAUGCAAUCAUGUCGCUGGACUUUUAUUCCGUGUAGAGCACGCAGUGAAAUCUGGAGAAACUUCAAAGACAGCCACAAGUAAAUUGUCGCAAUGGAAUGUUCCAAAGGCAAAACCAACAAAGAAACCGGUGAAGGCAUCAGAAAUUGUGUGGCGAAAAGGACAUUAUGGUAAAAGUGCGGCCAAUGUGGAAAAUGAAAAAAAAAAACAUGCAAUGAAGAAAUUGUUCACUCCCUUAAACAAGAAGCAAGUAUCUUUUGUUCAGGACCCAAGCCAGUUGAGGAGUGACCUAUACAGUGUAUUGAAAGACGACAUUGGUGACUCAUGCUUUGCGCAGAUGUUUGAGAAGACAAAAGUAACUGUACCGACAAUAUCACUUCCACCGACUUUGAUUGAACUUGCACACAGUUUGAAAUCAAGUGGUGACAACAUCACACCUGAGCUUUUUUUAACAAAAUUAGCUAUGACAGAAGAGAUGCGUGCUAGUAUAAGUCAGGCUACAGUAGAUCAGUCACACUCUGAGACAUGGAAAAGCCAAAGGAAAGGCAGGUUGACUGCCAGUUUAUUUCAAAGAGUGAGCAGUCGAGUGAAAACUCUUCAACAAAAUGAAGCUGCAGACCCAACAGCGCUUGUCAGUACCAUCAUGGGUGAAACAGAUGUAAGGCCAACAAAUGCAAUGAAACAUGGGCUAGCGCUUGAACCUGAAGCAAAACGAUGCUACACAAAAACUGCAAAGAAAAAGCACCUGAAGUUGAAAACCAAGGAGUCGGGUCUUUCAGUGUACAUCAAGAAGCCUUAUAUAGCUGCAAGUGCUGACCUUGAAGUUGAGUGCCAGUGCUGUGGGCAAGGAAUUUGCGAGAUAAAAUGCCCAGACAGCAUUAAAGACCAAGUACCGACUGUUGAAAACGUGAAAAAAUGUGAAGGAAGCAAGGACACCAACGAAGAUCCCAACAUUGGACCAGCAAACUGCCCGUCGAGCUCUGAUGCCAGUCACAUUGCCAAAUGGAAGCAAAAAACCAAUCCCACCAAAAAAGAGGAAGAAGCAAGCAGCAAAAUUGCCGGUGUAUUUGUGCGGCUACUGUGGACUUGA